AUGUCUCACAACCCCACCAUCAAGAAGAGGGCGACGCCCUUGGCUUUUGGGUUAACUACUGCUCCUACCCCAGUCCCUACUCAGAAGCCAAUCAAGAAAAUGAAAAAGCAGCGUGCAGCUGUAGCUCCAGACAACGACCCCGCCCCACCCCAGGACAAAGCAGUUAUCCAGCCUACACCCAAGGACCAGCCUUCUUCAGCCAGGAAAUCUCCCGAAGACGAGUCUCCUUCAGGCAGCAACGACUGCGAAGAGCCUCCUUCGGCCAUGGACGGCCCAGAAAUCCAGCCUCCUCCAGCCAGGGCGCCUGACCAACAUGAAGAAGAUUCCGCUUCUGACGAUCCUCGCGCCCAGCUCUCCCAAGGCACUAGUAAAGGCAGUUGCAGGUCAAAGCCCCGCAGGAACUUUCAGCUGACGCCAGAGCAGGAGGACAAUCUUCUAGAAUGGUUGAGGGAAAAUGAGCUCCUCUGGCGCCGGGGGCACAUGCAAUUUAAAGACGUCCACAAGAAGAGGGGCCUGUGGGAGAAGAAGGCGCAGGAGUUUGGCCUUACAACUGAACAUCUUCAAGGCUGGUGGAGGGGAAUGCAAACCUGGUUCGUGAAGCUGCACAGGGUCAAGAGUGGCCAGGCAAGGAAGAAGCUGACCGACCGAGAGAUGUACGUCUUGCAGAAGUUCAGUUUCUACGAGGGACAGCUACGCCACCGAUCCACAGCGCCACUAAAACCACUUCCUCGGGGCGUGGAGGCAGACGCUCUAGGACAGCUGUCGGAUGUUGGUGACUUGGAUGCUGGUGAUGGACCUGCUGGUGAAGGACCUGCUGGUGAUGGUGCUGCUGAUGCUGACCUGCCAACAGACCGUUAUUUGGACCAGGACCAGUUUCUCUCCCAACUUGAGAGGGGUGAUGUUAAGAAGUUAAAGACUCCUAAGUGCCCAGCCGGUGGCAGCAAGAGGAGGACUGCCACGGAGGAGGAGGACGUGCUAAAGGACAUCCGGGACAGCAUGAAAGUUAGCACUGAACUGCUGUCUCAGCUAGUGCACAAGAGUGACCAGGGACCCAGGGAGCCCUUCAUCACGUAUCUGUCAGAAACUUUGAGAACACUUCCCGAGGACCAGUACCACGUGGUGAUGAAGCACAUUAUAUCUCUCAUCAAUAAUCUUCCUCAUCCUGCGGCAACUUUUGGCCCGCACCAGUGGCAGUAUUCACAGCAGUACCCAUUCAGUCAGCCCGUGAACAACUCGCAGCAGCAGUACCCCUUCCAAGCACCGACCUUCCAGCAGGCACCCAGCACCACCUCCCUCCAGACAACCCAGGAAUUGACGCAGCCCCAGUACACGCGGAUGGCACCGUCGACGAGCACCCCAUCUACCAUCCCAGGAGUUGCUUCUACCCCCAUAUCUUCAGCCCUGGCCGGUGCCAACGACGUGCUGAAUAUGUCGCUAGGGAGCGUCAACCUGAGUGGUGUAGCUGAUGUCGCCAACAGCUCCUUCAAAUCCAUUGGGAACCUCAAUACGCCCAGACUUGUCUCCCCACGGGGAGAUGGGGAACCGGAUUACUCAGCAAAUUAA